GGUCGCUGAGGUUCGCGUUGAGGUUUUCUGUCCCUGAGCGGGAUCCGUCUUCCGGCGCCGGAACUGAAGGAUCUACCGGAGCCGCUGCCAGCUGACAGGAUGGCGGUGGAGUUACAAGCGGUGGUGAUGGCGGUUUAUGGGGGGUCCCGAAUGCAGGACCUCACCACCGGCAUCCCGAAGCCGCUGCUCCCUGUGGGCAAUAAACCUCUGCUGUGGUACCCACUGAACAUGCUGGAGCGAGCGGGAUUCGAGGAGGUCAUCGUGGUCACCACUCGGGAGGUGCAGAAAUACUUCCCGGACACGAAGAUGAAGGUGGACGUCGUGUGUCUGCCCGAGGAUAAGGCGUCCGAGAUGGGGACCGCCGACUCCCUGCGCUACAUCCACCAGAAGAUCAAGAGCGAUGUCCUGGUGGUCAGCUGCGACCUCAUCACAGAAGUCGCUUUACAUGAAGUCGUUGACUUGUUCCGGGCGCACAAUGCUACCCUCGCCAUGCUCAUGCAGAAAGCGCCAGAGCCCAGCGAGCACGUCCCUGGUCAGAAAGGGAAGCAGAAGUCUGUGGAGGAGCGGGAUUUCAUCGGGGUGGAUGACAGCGGAUCCCGCCUCCUGCUUCUGGCCAAUGAGGAGGACCUGGAUGACGGACUGGACCUGAAGAAGUGCAUCUUCCAGCGGUAUCCGCGGAUUCAAAUGAAGAUGGGAAUGAUGGACGCGCAUCUGUACUGUCUGCGUAAAUACGUGCUGGAUUUCUUAGCUAACAAUGACUCUUUCUCCUCCAUUCGCCGGGAGCUUGUGCCGUAUCUGGUCACUAAACAGUUUUCUACACAAAAGAAUGUGGCUCAGGAAACAGCCAAGAAAGACCUCUACUCCUAUAUACCCAAGGAUGAACUCCUGGAAAUGGCAUUAAACAAAUCCAGCUGGAGCGACCACCGGGGCGACAUGCAGGAGUCCUAUCAUGGUGGCUGCCUGCGCUGUUAUGUCCACGUGGCUGGUAGUGAGCUAUGCUGCCGGGUGAACAGCUUGGCCAUGUAUAUUGAGGCCAACAAGCAGGUUCCUCAGAGCUCCAUCUGUAGUGAAGAGCCCCGAGUGCACCCGACGGCCGAAAUCACAGAUAAGCUCAUGGUGGGUGCAGACAGCAUGAUUGGGGAACAGACCAAGAUUGGGGAGAAGACGUCUGUGAAGCAUUCCCUUGUGGGCACCAAAUGUAUCAUCAAAGAGAGAGCGAAGAUCACAAACUGCAUCAUCAUGAACGACGUCACGAUAGGGGACAGUUGUAUCCUCCAGGGAAGUGUCAUCUGUAAUAAAGCCGACAUACACAGCAGCGCCGACAUCAAAGACUGUCUUCUGGGCUCGGGUCAGCGGAUCAAUAGUAAAGAAAAACGAGUAAAUGAGAUCAUCGUGGGAAACGAGCAAUUGAUGGAGUUCUAGUGUCACCCCCAGAAGAAGCCCCGCCCCCACCUGACUGACUUAUUUAUAUCAAAAUAAAGGAUGCCGAUGUU